CGGGUGGAAGUAAAAGAUAUUAUUAGUGAGAGAGAAAAUAAAUAGUGAGUGAGCAAACAUUAAGAAAAAUGGAUAAGUCUUUAAAACGUCCAUGUACUGCUAGUUGUGCUGAAGGCAGUGACAACGCCGAGUCCAGUAAAAAGCAAAAGAAGAGAAAGUUUGAUGACAGUUACAUUGAUUUGGGUUUUAUGGAAUUUAGUGAUGGGCGGCCGCAAUGCGUUGUAUGCUUACAAAUUCUGUCAAAUGAAGCAAUGAAACCUGCAAAGCUGAAACGACAUCUUACUACAAGGCACCCAGAAUACAAAGAUAAAUCCAGGGACUUUUUUAAAAGAAAGAAAGAAGAAUACAAUCAACAGAAAACUAAAAUGACAAACAUAACAACGGUUCCAGAAAAGGCUCUGAAAGCAUCCUUCUUAACAGCGCUUCGGAUUCCAAUGAGUAAAAAGGCCCAUACAAUUGGAGAAGAACUGAUUCUUCCAGCUGCUGUAGAAAUGUGCGAAGUGAUGGUUAGCGAAGAUGCAGCGAAGAAACUGAAGGACAUACCACUUUCUAACGACACAGUAAGUAGGAGAAUUGAAGAGCUUUCAAGUGAUUUGAAAUGCCAGCUCACCGAAAGGCUAUGUACGUGUGAGAAGUUUGCAAUUCAGCUUGAUGAGACAACAGAUGUUGGUAAUGCAGCACAAUUGUUAGUUUAUGUUCGUUAUGUUUGGUUGGGGGAAAUUGUGGAAGAUUUUCUUUUUUGUCAGGAGUUACCAGAACGUACAACAGGUGAAGACAUUUUCAAGUUAUUGGAUGAUUUCAUGAAAGCUGAAUCUCUAAACUGGGAGAAGUGUGUUGCUGUUUGUACAGACGGCGCGGCCGCUAUGACAGGCAACAGGAAUGGUGUUGUAGCAAGGAUACGAGCUAUAAACCCAAACGUAAUUGUAAAACACUGUAUGCUGCAUCGCCAGGCCCUUGCAUCGAAGAAAAUGGAACCUGAAUUACGUGCUGUUCUAAAUGCAGUUGUGACAGUUGUGAAUUUUGUAAAGUCCAGGCCUUUGAAUUCACGCCUGUUUUCAAAGUUGUGUUCCGAAAUGGGUGCUGAAUAUGAUAAAUUAUUGUUUCACACGGAGGUGCGUUGGUUAUCUCGCGGCAGUGUUGGAACGAGUUUUCGAACUUCGCAAAGAACUGCUGGGCUUUCUUUCUGUGCAUAAUCCUAUACUUGCCACAAACUUUUCUGACACGCUAUGGAUCACGGCGCUUGCAUACCUCGCAGAUAUGUUUAACUUGUUGAAUGCCCUGAACCUGUCCACACAAGGGGGCAAUACAACCAUACUUGAGGUGAGUGACAAGAUUGCAUCAUUUAUGAAGAAACUAGACAUUUGGAAAACAAGAAUGAGUAAUGGAAUCUACGAUAUGUUUCCACAAAUGACAGAAUUCCUGGAUACGAACAGCAUGACAGUUGACUGUGAGAGACACUAUCGUUGCUCACCUUUCAACUUUGGCAGAGUACUUUGGAGUUUACUUUAAAAAUUUAAACAUGGAGGAAUACGAUUGGGUU